AAGGAGCAGUAGCAGCAGCAGCAGGAGAAGAUGCUGAGGAUGCGGACCGCGGGGUGGGCGCGCGGCUGGUGCCUGGGUUGCUGUCUCCUCUUGCCGCUCUCGCUCAGCCUGGCGGCCGCCAAGCAACUCCUCCGAUAUCGACUGGCUGAGGAGGGCCCAGCGGACGUCCGCAUCGGCAACGUCGCCUCGGACUUGGGCAUCGUGACGGGUUCGGGUGAGGUGACUUUCAGCCUCGAGUCGGGCUCGGAGUACCUAAAGAUCGACAACCUCACCGGCGAGCUGAGCACGAGCGAGCGGCGCAUCGACCGCGAGAAGCUGCCCCAGUGUCAGAUGAUCUUCGACGAGAACGAGUGCUUUCUGGACUUCGAAGUGUCGGUCAUCGGGCCCUCGCAGAGCUGGGUGGACCUGUUCGAGGGUCGGGUCAUCGUACUCGAUAUCAACGACAACACGCCCACCUUCCCGUCACCCGUGCUCACGCUCACGGUGGAGGAGAACCGACCGGUGGGCACUCUCUACCUGCUACCCACCGCCACGGACCGUGACUUCGGCCGCAACGGCAUCGAGCGCUACGAGCUGCUCCAGGAGCCCGGGGGCGGUGGCGGCGGCGGCGGCGGCGGCGGCGGCAGCGGCGGCGGCGGCGAGGGCCGGCGCUCUGGGCCUGCCGACAGCGCCCCCUACCCCGGGGGCGGCGGGAACGGCGCGAGCGGCGGCGGCCCGGGCGGCUCCAAGAGGCGGCCGGACGCACCAGAGGGCGGCGGCGGGACCAACCCCGGUGGCCGUAGCAGCGUGUUCGAACUGCAGGUGGCCGACACCCCGGAUGGCGAGAAGCAGCCACAGCUGAUUGUGAAGGGGGCGCUGGACCGGGAACAACGCGAUUCCUACGAGCUGACCCUGCGGGUGCGCGACGGUGGCGACCCGCCUCGCUCCUCUCAGGCCAUCCUAAGGGUGCUCAUCACCGACGUGAACGACAACAGCCCCCGCUUCGAGAAGAGCGUGUAUGAAGCUGACCUAGCCGAGAAUAGCGCCCCAGGGACUCCCAUCCUGCAGCUGCGUGCCGCGGACCUGGACGUGGGGGUCAACGGACAGAUCGAGUAUGUGUUCGGAGCGGCUACCGAAUCCGUGCGGCGGCUGCUGCGACUGGACGAGACGUCCGGCUGGCUCAGUGUCCUGCACCGCAUCGACCGCGAGGAGGUGAACCAGCUGCGCUUCACGGUCAUGGCCCGCGACCGCGGGCAGCCCCCCAAGACCGACAAGGCCACGGUGGUCCUUAACAUCAAGGACGAGAACGACAAUGUGCCGUCCAUUGAAAUCCGCAAGAUCGGGCGUAUCCCACUCAAGGACGGGGUGGCCAACGUGGCCGAAGAUGUUCUGGUCGACACCCCCAUUGCUCUGGUACAGGUGUCCGACCGAGACCAAGGCGAGAACGGGGUAGUCACCUGCACCGUGGUGGGUGAUGUGCCCUUCCAGCUCAAGCCGGCCAGCGACACAGAGGGCGACCAGAACAAGAAAAAGUACUUUCUGCACACAUCGGCCCCUUUGGACUAUGAGACCACCCGGGAAUUCAACGUGGUCAUAGUGGCGGUGGACUCGGGCAGCCCCAGCCUCUCCAGCAACAACUCCCUGGUUGUCAAGGUAGGAGACACCAAUGACAACCCGCCCGUCUUUGGCCAGUCGGUGGUGGAGGUGUACUUUCCCGAGAAUAACAUCCCUGGAGAGAGGGUGGCCACGGUGCUGGCGACAGACGCCGACAGUGGGAAAAAUGCAGAGAUUGCCUACUCUCUGGAUUCUUCCGUUAUGGGGAUCUUUGCCAUCGAUCCUGAUUCUGGGGACAUCCUUGUCAAUACGGUGCUGGACCGAGAGCAGACAGACAGGUAUGAGUUUAAAGUUAACGCCAAAGACAAAGGCAUCCCAGUGCUGCAGGGCAGCACCACGGUGAUUGUGCAGGUGGCUGACAAGAAUGACAAUGACCCUAAGUUUAUGCAGGACGUCUUUACCUUUUAUGUGAAAGAAAACUUGCAGCCCAACAGCCCUGUGGGGAUGGUCACGGUGAUGGAUGCUGACAAGGGGCGCAAUGCGGAGAUGAGCCUCUACAUCGAAGAAAACAGUAACAUUUUUUCCAUUGAGAAUGACACGGGGACCAUUUACUCCACAAUGUCUUUUGACCGGGAACAUCAGACCACAUACACAUUCAGAGUCAAGGCUGUGGAUGGGGGAGAUCCUCCCAGAUCCGCCACAGCCACAGUCUCUCUCUUUGUGAUGGAUGAGAAUGACAAUGCUCCCACCGUGACCCUUCCCAGAAACAUUUCCUACACUUUACUGCCACCUUCAAGUAAUGUCAGGACAGUAGUAGCUACAGUGUUGGCAACAGACAGUGACGAUGGCAUCAAUGCAGACCUUAACUACAGCAUUGUGGGAGGGAAUCCCUUCAAGCUGUUUGAGAUUGAUUCCACCAGUGGUGUGGUUUCCUUAGUGGGAAAACUCACCCAAAAGCAUUAUGGCUUGCACAGGUUGGUUGUGCAAGUGAAUGAUAGUGGGCAGCCUUCCCAGUCCACCACGACUCUGGUGCAUGUGUUUGUCAAUGAAAGUGUUUCUAAUGCAACUGUGAUUGACUCCCAGAUAGCCAGAAGUUUGCACACCCCACUCACCCAGGAUAUAGCUGGUGACCCAAGUUACGAAAUUAGCAAGCAGAGACUCAGUAUUGUCAUUGGGGUGGUUGCUGGAAUUAUGACAGUGAUUCUAAUCAUCUUAAUUGUAGUGAUGGCAAGGUACUGCCGGUCCAAAAAUAAAAAUGGCUAUGAAGCUGGCAAAAAGGAUCACGAAGACUUUUUUACACCCCAGCAGCACGACAAAUCUAAAAAGCCUAAAAAGGACAAGAAAAACAAAAAAUCUAAGCAGCCUCUCUACAGCAGCAUUGUCACUGUAGAAGCUUCUAAACCAAAUGGACAGAGGUAUGAUAGUGUCAAUGAGAAGCUGUCAGAUAGCCCAAGCAUGGGGCGAUACCGAUCUGUUAAUGGGGGGCCUGGCAGUCCUGACCUGGCCAGGCAUUACAAAUCUAGCUCUCCAUUGCCUACUGUCCAACUUCACCCCCAGUCACCAACUGCAGGAAAAAAACACCAGGCCGUACAAGAUCUACCACCAGCCAACACCUUUGUGGGAGCAGGAGACAACAUUUCAAUUGGAUCAGAUCACUGCUCUGAAUACAGCUGUCAAACCAAUAACAAGUACAGCAAACAGCCAUUUCGUAGAGUGACGUUUUCUGUUGUGAGUCAGCCUCAGGACCCACAUCAGGGGUCACUGCAGAGUUGCUAUGACAGCGGGCUGGAGGAGUCAGAGACACCAAGCAGUAAGAGUUCAUCAGGGCCAAGGCUGGGUGCCCUUCCACUCCCAGAGGACAACUAUGAAAGGACCACGCCGGAUGGCAGUGUUGGUGAGGCAGAGCAUAUGGAAAAUGGUGUUGCUGCCAUCACUACCUUUCCCUUCCUCCCCUUUCCUCAUGGCAAGACGCAUGGAAGAAGAGUGCUGUUAAGGCCUCUCCAUUAAUCAACAGUCAACUCAGCUGGUGACAUUUGAAGGAGAUGAAGGUGACUGCUUCCUCCAGCAGUCCCAAGAUUACCUCUGUUCAGACUGCUGUAUUUUGAAAGGAGCUAGAUCCCUCAGGGCUCAAACUCCAGCAGAGUCAUAACCUAUAAAACAUAAACACUUAUUCAUCAUGGGGAAACACCCACCUCCUUGAUUUCCUUUUUCACUAGAAGAACUGGUCCUUCUAGGUCCUGCAGGGGCUUGUUUUGGGGAUAUAUCAGGUUCUGCAUUACACCCUUGUGACUCUCUCAGGAUGUUUGAGACAUGUGACUAGAACACUACCUUGGGCUAGGAAAAUUGUUGGCAGACACUUUAAAAUAGUAAUUGUGUCUUAAAAAAAUAGUUAAGUGUGUCUCUAGGUGUGUACAUGUACAGUAGCAUUAUUUGUGAUAUUCUUUAAAGUGGUAGCAUAGUGAAGACUUAUUUGUUCAAUAAACAAAACAAAUCAUUUUGAUUUACAUGCAUUUUUUGCCGAUGCGACCUUAGCCAUUAAAGGCUGAACCAUUCAUCUUCACUCAAGAACAAAUGGCCUAGUCUCUGAUAAAGCUCUGAAAUCACUAGCUGUCCUCCAUAACCCCAUUUCUACACAUAUCUUUCACAUCCACAGGCCUUCACAGAACUGGGUCUCUCCAUCUGGAGGGCCCUUUCCCUACAUCUGCUUGGAAAACUCACAAAAAUAAUAGUAGACCUGUGCUGAGAGUUUAACGUGUGUCAGGCGUCAUGGUCAUGAGUUUCAUCUCCAUCUUCUUAACUCAUCUACACAAAGGAACAUAAAGUUAGACAUUAUUAGCAUCAUCCAUAUUUCAGAGGGAAAAAAAAAAGAGGCAUGGAGAAAUCUAAUAUGGCCACGAUCACUCAGAAUUGACUAAAGUAGGAUGUGCCUUCUGUAAUUUUUCCUGUUUUCUCCCAUGUGAAGCUGUGACUCUAAGUCACAUUCAACUCGGACUUACAAGAGGACAAUGAUUUCAUCUUCUCUUUUAUGAACUUUCUAUGUCAACAGUGUUUGUUACUCACUAAAUGUUGGACAAAUGAGUGAAUGUUUACAAAACCGGCACUCAGCUUCCUUAUCUGCGUGUGGACCAUUCCUCUCAUCCAUACUUCUCUCUGCUGUUUUCAUUCCCCUUGGUAUGUUCCUCUUGACCAUUAUUAGCUUCAUAGAUUACUCACUAUAUAAUGUAAGAAAUAUAUUAUAUGAACUAAUUCAUUAUUUUCUCCCAAAUUUAGGACCAGUAAUUAAAAACCAAGUAACUAUAAAAUAAUUGCAAAUGCAGGAAAAAAACCCUAAUUUGAAUUUAUAAAAUUAACCAAAUCUAGUGUUAAGAAGUAUAGCUAUCUAUACUUGUGUCUCAUAUGGAAAGAAAAUUCAACCAAUGCAUUCUAAGAUUUUCUUUUUUACAUUAUAGGAAAAUAAAAGAAAUGCAUACCAUAUAAGUAAGAGUCUUAUCAGUUUACCAGAAAAGAAAAGAAAAAAAAGUGAAGAUUAAAAUAUAGAUGAGAUUAAGAGGAUUAAUCAAGAAGGAAAAACAUUUUUUUAAAAAAAAAAAAAAAAAGAAACCACCAGAGUCUGGAAAAAUGAAAAAAAAAAUGGAAAAGCAAUAAAAAAAUUGAGGGAAACAUAUCAUUGAAAACCAGAGACACUGAAAGGACUUAAAAAAUAUACUAAAUAAAACUGUGAAGGAAAACAAAAUCAAUGCAGGAAGAGAAAAGGAACUUUAUGAAAUUUUGUUUCCUUCAUUUUUAGAAAAUCUUUUGAAGUCCAAGUUCUGGAAAGAGAAAGAGCAAGUUAAGAUAUGUUGAUUUAAGAACACUGUAUAUUUCUAGGACUUUUUUCUGGGGAAAUAGUGCUUUUGAGAGGCAAGAUAAGUGUUUGAACAUUAACUUGGAGUAUUUAGAACUAAAAAGAUUGUGCCUAGAAAAUAAAUUGAGUUAAGGCUUGAUGGAAAAUUAAGAUACAAGUCAAAAUAUCCCUCAUAAUCAUACUCUCUAGUAAGAUAAUCAUAAAACUAAUUAAUCAAUCUAUUAGCUCUGUGAUUAUUGUUCCUAUCUUUUAUUAUUAUUAUUAUUAUUUAUUUUAAUGUGGAGAGACUACAACAUAGAGUAAGUGCUUGCUGAAUUAGGCAUGGAAUUUUAAGAGAGAUUAUGGUCAACUAAUCUAGUCUUAAUAAUGCCAUUAUAAGAAUCACUUAACUCUGCUUGAAUAAUUCCAGUGACACAAAAUCUAGAGGUACCUCACUGUUAUUUUGGGACAGUUUUAACUUCUCAGCUUUUUCUUAUAUUGAGCCAAAGUCUGUCUUCCUGUAACUUGAAUUCAUUUAUCCUGGGUUUUCUCCUUGGGAAAACACAUAAUAAGUUAUAUUCGUUUUCCAAACAAAAGUAUUUCCAAGACGUAUAUUCAAACAGGCCCUCUGUCAUAAUGUUUACAUAUGUUGUGUCUCCUUACAUAUUAUUUUCUAGGUGAAAGCCCCAGUUCUCCUAAUUGCUCUGUGUUGCUUCAUUGCAAAACCUUUUAGCAUUCAUUUAGUGCAAAUGCUUUUUUUUUUUUUUUUUUUUAAUAGAACAAUAAAUUCAGGAUGGGCUCCUACAGUUUAUAUUCUCAUAUUUGGUCAAUUUGAAGAGCCUGGAAAAUCUAUUUGAAUACCUUCAGAGACAAAAGGGAGGUGCAGCUUAAAACAGCAUAUGGCUUUGAUCUGAAUUUUUAUGUUUAUAAAGGUAUGGUUUGGAUAGUGAAUAGUAUAAUGUAAAAAUAAAAUAAAUAACUAUGUAUAAAAAUGGCUGAAAAAAGAUAGAAAAAUGAAUUAAUAUUUCAAAAAUAACAUUUGAUGAAGGCAAAAGAAUUUUCAGGUCUUAUCUUUGUAUUUUUAAUUGAAUACGUAUUUUAGUUUGGUUGAUGCCUGAAAUGGAUCUUUUCCUGAAAAAACUCUGUUCAUCAUUCUAACAAAUCUGGCUCUUAAAAAAAAAAAAAAAAAUUCCCUAAGUGGAUAAUAAUAUCAGUGGAUCGUGGAAGUAAAAAACAAACAAAACAAAAUCAAAACAAAAGCUAUUUUAUUUUCUCAAUAAAAUUACUGACUCUGCUGAUGAAUAAUAUGUGCUAGCAUGUGGUAGUAUAUUACACAGAGGUCAAAGAGGACAGAAUAAGACUGAAAGUUGUAUAAAGGAUUCCCUGUCAGAUGUGGACUCUCCCCAAUGAAAGUUACUGCAAAGUAAAUUUUUCAUUUAUGUAAAGUGCCCCUUAAUGCCAAACUGCUGUCAAUGUCCCUCGGUGAGUUCUAUUUAUGAGUAGAUUCUGGCACUCUUUCAGAGGCCCUGCACAUCUGACUUUUAGUGAGUGCCUACACAGAAUAUAUGGCCUUUACUAGAACCUGGAAAUUUAAUUAAUUUGCUGGCAGAGAAUACUUUUUAUGCCACAUGGCUUUUCCCUGACCCUACCCAAGAUUUCCAUUUUCAGAUGUGCUUCAUAUAUUAUGAACCUAUAUAGUCUUAACGAACAUUUUCCAUAUGGUAAUUAUAAUGUUUGACUUUAUAUUCUCAAAAGCUCCAGUGCCUACAUAAAUUCUUUCUCUUUAAUACUAAAUGUUGCUUUGUAAGUUAUAUGAAUAUAUACCCUUCAUUCUGCUUUUCCUAGACUCAAUUCCCAGAGCAAUAUUCUUUGGUUAUUUGAUUAUAUGUAAGAUUCUUAAGCAAUAUUCUCAAGAACAGAAAACCUCUAUCUGCUUUGUCUAUCACUGCUGUUAAAGAUGUGUUCCAUGUGCAGCAUGUCUGAUUUAAUAUCUUUCGCUCUGUCUUCUAGUGUUUUAGAAAGAGGAGAGUGAAAUGCAGCAUAUUUGGGUUAAUCACUUGCCCUCUCAAGACCUCAUGUAUGAAUUUCCAAAAUAAGGAGUUUAACUAGCAUGUUUUUAAAGUAACUUCCAACUUUCUAUGGAGUAUGGAAGACAAGGAAUUUUAGGAAUUAGAGUUUUGUUCUGGAUUUGCCAAUAAAACUAUAUUUCACCUCCCCAAGAUACAGUAUGCUUAUUUGUAAAAUACAAAGAUCAAGUUAGAUCAGGGAUGUCAUCUUUAGAGACAACAUGUGCUGACUUAUUUUUCUUUCUAAAGCUUUCUCUUGGAAGGAUUCUGAGAAUUUUGCUUUUGAAAAUAGGUAAAUGCAAGAGAAUGUUUGAUGCUCUAAGGAAGACAAGUUGAGGAGAGGACUACCACUUGAAAUAACUGAAGGACUUGAAUGCAAAAGAGAGACAAAGGAUUGAACCCAAUCUUUAUGAUUCUUAAGGGCAAAAAGAAUGCCAGUAGGCUUAAACGGGAGAAAAUUGCUUCCAUAUAAGGGUGAAAUUUAUUACCCUUAAGAAAUAAAAAAAUCCGCUCCAUAGAAUAGUGUUUGUUCUGAAAUCUGUAUCACUAAGGAUGUUGAAACUUAGGUUGCAUGAUUAACUUCUUCAAAUCAUUAUUAAAGGACCUCAUUCAUAAGAUAGCAAGUUAGAGAAAAUGAAAUCCAAUGCUAAUGGUCUGUGAUUACAUGAUAAUCAUCAGACAUAAUAAUAGUGAUAGUUCUGUACUGGAAUUUGGUAACGUAAGUCUUACAAGAUUUCACUGAAAUUGGUGACUGAGAAUUUUCAGUACAAAUUAUUGUAAUUGUUAGCCAGUGCCCAUAGCAUUCUAGAAAAAUGCUUUUAUCUGACCAAUGCUAGUGUUCCGGAGAGAAAGUCACUAAUUUUUAUUCGUGGAGUCAUUACUUCUUUUCUAUCCAGAGAAUCCACCUUCUGUCCUCAUUAUGAAUGCUAUUUUUCUAUUGCAAUGUAACUGACUAUAAUAAAAAUUGUAAUAAAGACAGCUUGCAAAAGUAA